UUUCUGUUAUUAUGUUACGCAAUAUCAACAGUUUUUCAGCUUAUACACCAAUUAUAGGGCUCACGCCGUCGAUUUAGAUUAAAUCAACUCCAAGGAGAAACUCAGCUUCAAUAUAAGUAAGCAUUUUUCCAACAAAAGCAAGGGAGGGUCGCCAGUCACCACCCUCUUACCUACGGCGACACCUCACUGUCGCGCUUGUGUUGUUCUGAAAGUCAAGGACCGUAACAGCAGGACUUCCUCAUUUUAAAAAUGGCUUCCAGGCUGCUGUUUGCAUGUUAUAGGAUGGGUGGAAGGGCUAUGACGGCGGGUCCGGCGCGGCCGACGCUGGCCGUCGCCGCCGCUCGCCAGUUUCACGGCUCGGCGCAGAGGCUGGCUCUGCUCCAGAUCAGCGACCGGGAGGACUUCCACGAGCGCGUCAUCCUCAGCCCGAUCCCCGUCAUCGUCAACUUCCACGCCGACUGGUGCGAGCCCUGCAAAGACCUGACGCCCAUGCUGGAGCGCCUUGUGAAGCCCAAGAGAAACCUCAACCUCUGCUCGCUGGACAUCGAGAACCACGUAGACCUGCUGCAGGACUUUGAGGUGCAGGCCGUGCCGGCCGUGCUCGCCUUCUUCAACGGCCAGGUGGUGGAGAAAUUCGUCGGCCUCGUCAACGAGCAGAUCGUCACCGACUUCGUGGGCAAGGUGAUCGGCCGCCUGAACGCCUACACCGACCUCCAGGCGGCGCAGAAAGAGCCGAGGGACUCGUAGCGCCCGCGGUCGGCGGAUGGGGAGAGACUGAGGACCGGGGCGGCCGCCGGAGAGUGCAGGCUGGGCAGGCAGGAGGACGGAGGAGGACAGUGUGGGCCAAGGAGGACGGAUGAAGAUCGGAAGAGGAUGGAGAGGAGUGCAGAGGAGCGGAGGUCUAUAGAAGAGAGGAGGAAGAUAAGUAUCGGAGGAGUGCAGUGUAUCGGAAGAGGACGACCAGUGCGGUGGUAUUCAGCUCAGUGCCGAUGGACAGAAUCACAGACUGUGCUGGCGGUAUUGGGGAGUGACGAGACAGUGUCGUGGCCUUUGUGCACGGAGGCCGAGAGAAGUGAUAAUCGACUCUGGAAGACGGACGGGCUGACCAGACGGUAAGCGAGUUCUGAGCGGUGAGGCCAAUGGGCUAGAUUGGUGGAAAUCGCCAGGGGGAAGUCAAACUAUCACAAAAAGCCACAUCAGGAACGUGAAAUAGUGGCGAGAGGCUGAUACAUAUUGAUAUGCGUGCUGUUCUUCGUUGUGAAUUUUAAGACCCGAGAGGAUUAAAUGAAGCGGCUCAAUUAUCGUGUGAGCUAAACUGUUGUGUGUGCUCAACUAUCUGCCCGGUUCAUGGCACGCUACCUCCGUGCCGUGACUUAAAUAUCUAUAACCACUAAUCGCAUGGUCUUUCGAAGGGGUUCAUGUGGUUUUGAAGUAAAAAUCCUAUAUGUAACAAGCCAGGAAAACGUGU